UUGUUUUCUGGUUUUCUUACCAAAAAUAUGGGAACCAAUUGAGGUUCUCAUUGUGUAUGGUGGAUAUCGGUAACAACCUCCAUUUUGUGCUAAUGCAAAUGGAAUAUUCUCCUUUUUAAUGUUUUCAUUUCCUUUUAUUUAACAAAAGAAAAACAUAUUUUGAUUCAUUAUAUAAAUCAAGGAAGAAAAGAAAUACUUUACCAAUUAAAUUACAUUGAUCCCACUUUCUUGAAGAAGGGAAAUUGAAAAUUAUCAUUGUUGAUCAUAGCAAGUAUUUCUUCAAAAUUGAAAGAAAUUGAAGAAAUUAGUUGAAUAUUAUUGUAUUCAACCUUUUGCCUAUUUUCUCAUCUGCCCUUACCCAUCAUCAAUAUUUCUUCUGGUUUUCUUAACGAAAUGGAGUACAAGGAUCUCUUCCCACAAAAAUCUCACACAUCAAAAUAUGAUUGCCUUCUUUUUGAUUUAGAUGAUACUUUGUAUCCACUUAGUUCUGGUCUUGCAAAAGCAUGUCUCCAAAAUCUUAAAGACUACAUGGUUGAAAAGCUUGGCGUCGAACCAAGGAAAACAGAUGACUUAUGCAACCUCCUGUACAAGAACUAUGGAACAACUCUAGCAGGUCUAAGGGCGAUUGGCUAUGACUUUGACUAUGAUAAAUAUCACAGUUUUGUUCAUGGGAGAUUACCUUAUGAGAACCUAAAACCAGACCCAGUUCUGAGGAACAUGUUGCUGAGCCUGCCCUAUAGGAAACUUGUAUUUACAAAUGCAGACAAAGUUCAUGCUCUUAAGACACUAAGCAUACUUGGAUUAGAGGACUGUUUUGAAGGAAUUAUAUGCUUUGAGACUCUUAAUCCAAUCCACAAGAGCAGUGUCUCUGAUGAUGAAGAUGACAUUGAGUUUGUAGUUUCAACAAGCACUACUAAUCCAACCACUAGUAAUAGUGCAAGCACCUCUCAAAUCUUUGACAUCAUAGGCCAUUUUGCUCAGCCUAAUCCCAGUGGAAACCUGCCAAAGACACCAAUCAUUUGCAAGCCAUCAGAACAUGCCAUUCAAUUGGCUCUCAACAUAGCCAACCUUAACCCACAUAGAACAUUGUUCUUUGAGGACAGUGUCCGCAACAUACAAGCUGGGAAACGUUUGGGACUUGACACUGUACUGGUUGGUACAUCACAAAGAGUUACAGGUGCAGAUUAUGCCUUGGAAAGCAUUCAUAACCUUACUGAGGCAGUGCCUGAUUUAUGGGAGUCUGACAUAAAAUCAGAGGUGGUAUACACUGAGACGCUUGCUGUGGAGACAACAGUAACUGCUUGAUACUUUUCAAGGAAGCCACAUAUAACAUUGAGGAGAAACUCAAACUGAUUACCCAGCUUCAUAGAUGGAGUAACUGUAGUGGAUGUUUUGUAAAUGUUGUAAUAAAUUAUUAAAUUAAAUAAAUUCUACUUUUUGGCCUGACUUUUAUAAAUGAAUGGCUAUAACUGAUUACCAUCCU